AUGGGCCGUCCAAGGAAGAAUGUUAGCCAGGAGAAAAUACAACAGUUGAAAAGGGAACUGGAGCUGGCCGGUAAUAGAACAGACGUCUUGUUGCAAGACAAAAAGGGCCGCUCUAGAUCUUGCCUUCUUUGUAGAAGAAGAAAGCAACGGUGUGACCAUAAAUUACCCAGUUGUACCGCCUGUUUGAAAGCAGGAAUCAAGUGCGUGCAGCCAUCUAAGUAUUCUUCCUCCACUUCGAAUAAUAACACCACUAGCAAUACCCCUACAGCUGGCACUGUAACUCCUUCACCUUAUCCUACAAUAAAACGUGAGCUGCAAGAUAGCAGUAUUGGCGCUGGCGCUGCCACUUCUCUGAAUGAUAUUACUAUAAUAAAACCUAUUUCCGCUAGUAACAAUAAUGUUGAUACUGGCGAUGCGAAUGAGUUCAGGAAAACGAUAAAGCCCGUUAGAACUUCCAAUCCAAAUCAAAUGAGGCAAGAUAAAGAUCAGUAUACGAUUUUCUUGGAGAAAAAACUAAAAAGCUUGGAAACUUUGCUGGAUUUACCACCGGAAUGCAAUCAGUACAAGUACGAAUUAUCACAGUACAAGAAGGUUUCUCAUUUGUUUGGUAAUAACGCUUCCGACUACUCUAGACCGAACAGUAGCAAUAUGGUCAUUCUGCCGCUGCCAUCUCCUGCGAACAAAUCACUGGAGAACACAAAUAAUAAUGGCGGCAAUGUGAAUUCGGCCACAAACGAUACAUCAGCCAGCACAAACAACAUAAACAACAAUCAUGCUAUCUGCCAAUCGGCAAGCCUUUUGAAUGACCCUCUAGAGACGUUGGAUUUUACCAAAUGUAUUUUUGCUAAAUACAAUUUGAAAAAGGAGUUUUUGAUGUAUGACCCCAUUUUUGAACUGAAUGAAAAAUUGUCACGUUCCUUCUUGGACACCUUUUUCACAAGACUACAGUUCAAGUAUCCUAUCUUAGACGAACAAGAGAUCUAUACAUUUUAUGACCAUUACCUCCACAAUAAGAUUCUUAUUCCACCAUCUUCUCCCUCCUCAUCUUCCACAGCACCACCGUCGAAUUCCCAUUCGUACUCUGAAAUAGAAUUCCAUUUCCUAUCCGGCAGGAUGUGGCUUGUUUUCAGCAUCAGCGCCUACUUGUUGAUGACUACAGGCAAAUAUAAGGGUUUCCCACCUCACCGAUAUUUCUCCACUGCUAUCCGCCACAUCACUAAGUGUGGCUUACAUUUGAAUUAUGUUCAGCAAAUAGAGCUGUUGACGUUGCUGGUCCUUUACAUCAUUAGGACCGAUAGGGAUUCUCUGAUACUAUAUGACAUCAUUAAGGAUGUCAUGGGUAUAUCUAAGAAGAAACUUCACCUAAAUCAAUGGUAUCCCAAUGACCCAUUUGCAAAUAAGAAACUGCGACUAUUUUGGUGUGUGUACCUUUUAGAAAGGAUGAUUUGUGUUGCUGUGGGAAAACCGUACACAAUCAAAGAGUCAGAGAUAAAUUUACCUCUUUUCAAUAACGACUCCUUUUAUACAAAAGGUGUGCGUACAGCGGCACCAUCAACCAAUGACCACGGUGUGCAAUUCAUAAAUCAAUCUUUAAAACUGCGAAGAAUCGAAUCUCAAUUUGUAGAAACUUUGCAGCUACUGAAAAAUGAUUCCAGAUCGGUAAAGCAAUCCAUUGAUCAAUUACCGCUAGUGCGAAAAUUUUUUGAAGAUUUGGAAGUCUGGAGAAAGAGCUAUUCCACUCUUGAUGUGAAAAAUUUUGAGAACGAAACUCUAAAACUUUAUUACUAUAGAUCAGUGCGAUUGCUGAUCCAGCCGUAUUUGGAAUUUUUCGCCCCGGAGGAUAGGCUAUUUAGAGAAUGUCAAGCUGCUGCGGGCCAAAUUUGUCAACUAUACAAGAUAUUCCACCAAAAAACGCUUAAUGGUCAUUCUACACCAGCAGUGCAUACGGUUUUCGUAGCUGGCGUAACUUUGAUUUACUGUAUGUGGUUGGCGAGGAAUUUUGAUGAUCAAAGGAGGAAAAAACUGGGCGAUGCUUCGAAGCAUACUAGACCUCUAAUCAGUGCAAGUCUCUUUUCGACAAUGGACGAUUUGAGAGCUUGCUCCGUUUGCUUGUAUGUUAUGACAGAAAGAUCUAAUUUUGCAAGAACCUUUAGAGACACCUUCGACCAACUAAUGAAUGCUACGGUAGGUAAUUUGAUUGAAAGAUGCGGUCCAGAUUCUUCUGAAUUAAUUUUUAUGGCUAGUAGUGUUAACAGGUCCAGUGAACCAAAGAACAUUAAUGAUAAGGCUAAUAAAGCUAUUUCCUCUGCUGACACCCUUAAUGAUUCUAGCCCCGCAGCUGCAGCUAAUCGAUCCAACUCGGGCGAUAGAAAUAUCUCUCAUAAUGGCGGUAUGCCACCUGCUGUGGCUAGAAUAUUUGGUAAAGGACAAGCUGAAGAGCAUGCCGGUUUUGUGGAAAAUUCACAAGUGGAUUUGGCUGAACAAGAAAAAUUCAAGAAGAAGCAAGGAGUCUUAGAAAAAACCUCUGUACCCAAAAGUUUAGCUCAUUUAUUGACCAAAAUGGAUGACAAGUCGCAUAUUUCCAAUUCUUCAAUGUCUUAUACAACAUCGUCCUCAUCAUCAUCAUCUUCGUCAUCAUCAUCAUCAACAUUAUCGUUUCCUUCUUCCCAUGAAAAAAACUUGAAAAUCAAUGUAAGCAAUGAUAACAAUAGUAUGAACAAAAACAGCAACAGCAACCACAAUAACGAUCACAAUAAUAAUAAUAAAAGUAAUAGUAGAAAUGCUAAUAACAACAGCUGUGAUAAUAGAAAUGACAGCCAGUAUGUUCGUAAUAACAAUGUAGCGAUGGAAACUGAUCCCGAAAGAUCUAUUCAAGAUCAAUACAUUGUCAAGAAACCAACUAAUCAAACGGAGUUUGAUUGGCAAGUAUUUCAACAGCAGGCUUUCUUACAACAGCAAUUAGCUCAGCACAAUCUACAAGCGUACCUGUCGUCCCUAAAUACUGAUACCAUGACCAAUAGAAGCCCCUCGAAAUCUUCUAGUAUAUCUACUGCAUCUUCGCAUUCAGAUCCGAUCCCAAUAACGUUGACGCAAACCCCAACUCCAUACCCUCAAACUUCCAAUAUGCUAUCACAACAGCAUGCGUCACAACCACUGCCGCCACAACAACCGCAACUACAAAGAGAGCAGCAACAGCAACAUAUUACUUCACCACAAAGAUACUCCGAAAAUAAUUUCACGAAUCAAUUAAACAGUAGUAUAAUCAACAAUAAUCCUUUACAAUCUGCAAUAUUCUCUAACCCUUCAAAUGAAAAUAAGCAAUUAAGACACGUUGAAGAGCCGAAUUUCAAUACAUCACCCAUAAGAACAGAUUACAGCGAUAAUAUCAUUUCCUCGAUACCAGCUUCAUUUACCAGUAAUUCAAUUCCCGUCAGCGUCAAACAAGCUCGAAAUGGUUCUUCUUCGGGUGAUAUACUUUUCAGCAAUGGUGCUCACGACAUGAUCAACAAUAUUUCGACUUGGACCAAUAACUCCGUUCUAGAUGCUCUAAAUAGCAAGUCCAUCCUGCAAACAGUAUUCUCCCAGAGCCAAGACCCAUCAUCUCUGUCCAUGGACAAUCAACAACAACAACAACAACAACAACCGUCUGAGAUGUGUUCCGAAAACAGUGUAGCUACAAAUAAUUUUCAACAGGCGCAGAAUGACCCUUCAUAUAACAGAAAUUUGUUCAUGAUGUCCAACCAGGAAGGUGUGCGAUACAAUCUUGACGAAACAGAAAAGAAUAGACCCAAAACACAAGUGGAAACAAACGCUGGCGCAAACUUGCAUUUUGACAAUGUUAUUCCUACAGUAGCUAAUACAGGCAUCAGGAAAAAGCGCUCCAACUGGGAUAAUAUGAUGAAAUCUGGUCCAGUAGAGGACUUUUGGACGAUCAAUGAUGAUUACGGUUUCUUAACAUGA